AUGCUGAAAGCAGGAGAGUACUCGCCCAAUAAUCCACUGUUAAGAGGGGAGAGAACAACAGGGGACGCGUUGCUCGGACUAGGGGAAUAUGAGCGGAGAAGGAAUACACUGCGGAAACUUCGACAGCAACAGUACAGAGAAUAUCUCGAUCAGCAAGCGAAGUUAAAACAGGACGCGAAAGAAAAAGCAGAAAGGGAACGUCGCGAGCGCGAGGAGAAGGAAAGAGCGCGGGAAGAAGAAAAGGAACUAGACAGGAGACAGUUGGAACAAGAGAACCAUAGUCCGAUUAGACGCAGAGCCAGUUUCAAUUACGGGCAGGAUGUGUCCAACGGGAAUAGUAACACAUUUAUAACCAAGGUGGACACUGGUGUCCAAGUGAACAGUUUGGGUAGGCCACUAUCUGUUGCUGUUCAAACCGACGACGUUGAAUUGUAUGCGGUGCCUUCAAAUCAACAAAAACUAACGCAAGCAGAAAGGGAGCUAUCGCCUCGCUUAGCUGGUGAACAGAAAUGGAUGGAGGACAACUGGAGUCAGUGGAAGAUGCAAGAGAGGAGAAGGAGUUAUGGAGACUUUGACGAACGUUCUUCGAGCGUGGUUAAUAAGUCUAACAAAGACAAGCUGACGGCCGAUCUGCGACACUCGUACAUGCCGUCCAUAUUCGACGCAGAGGCUAUACAGAUGAGAAAUCUGCAAGCUGAAAAGGAAGCGGCGGAGAGGCGUCAAUUUUACCAGCAGGAGUUGAAAAAUCAGAUCUUGGAACAGCAGAGGAUUCGAGAAGAAAGAAAAACUAGGGAGAAAAUGCUCGAGCAGGCAGAAAUGCGCCGACUAGAAGAACAGCUACGUGCGUUGAAAGUGGCCCAGCAACACGAAACUUACAGACAGAUUAACGCUGACGAAUCUCUGAGGGAGCACGCGACUGAAUACGAGAAGAAACGCAACGCUCUACAAAAAGAGAUCGAGGAAGAAAAGAAAACUCUAAUGAGGGCAACUUCUCAAUACCAACCUGUCACUCGAAAAAUCACCCAAACGUCUCACAGCGAUAAAAACCCCUCAAAGCUACCCUUUUACAACCAAAAUAAAACUAACCCCCAAACAAAACCACCUUACUCGAUCAAUAUCCCCGAUAACUCAAUCUUUUCCAAAAACUACGAUGUAGAAAGUUAUCUAAGAAAGAACCUUAAUCCGAGCAGAGACAGUUUAAUGUCAAACAACCUGCAUAGAGAAUCUCAAAGCAGAAUUCAAAUGGAAGACAGCAAUAAAAAAUACACAGAUAAUGUUAGAAAUGACGAAAAAAACAAAAACGUUAUAGUGGAGAAGGCACUAAUUCAUACGCAGCCUAAAGAGAAACGCAACAUAAAAACCGAUAAAGAGGACACGUUACCGAUUCCGGUUUUGAGGCAUUCCCCUAUUAAUAUUGCGAAAGAUAUGAACGAAAAUACAGAUUUAAGCGAAGCAAUGCAAACGGUUGACUGUAAAUGGAAAGUACCGGCCGUCCAAAGAAACAUUUUAAAGACUUUGCCAAAUGAAGAGGGGAAGAAUGUGAACAUAUUGACCCAGUUAGGUUCCAUCAGGAGGCAACUACAGUUGGAACAGUUGAAACUGGAUAAUAUGGUUCCGAAGGAUGAUGGGGUGUGA